CUACCGUGCGGCUAAAACCCUAAACCAGCUUCCCUCUAAAAGGCUAUAAAAACCACACCCCCCGCCGUUUCCCUCGUUCCCUGGCCGUAGCCACCACUGCACGGCUGCAACCUUAUUCAUCAAUGGCGGAAUCUCAGAUAGCCAAGACUUUCCCAGUGAAACCCAAGCAAAAACCCAAACCGAAAAAACCCUCGUCAACCCCAGAAUCCAAAUACUGGCGAUCCUUCAACUCCCACCAAAUCCCAAACCUCAUCUCCUCUGUUACCUCCAUCGACUUCUCCCCCGUUUCUCCUCAUGAUUUCGCUGCCACAUUCUCCACCUCCCUCACCAUCUAUAACUCUGAAACCUUCGAACCCAAGACCACUAUCCCUGCCUUCUCCGAUGUCGCCUUCUCCGCUGCCUUCCGCUCUGAUGGCAAGCUCAUCGCCGCUGGUGGACAGUCCGGCUUGGUGCAAGUAUUCGAUAUCAAGACCCGAUCUGCCCUUCGUCAGCUGCGUGGCCACACACGACCUGUUCGUCUCGUUCGAUACCCUCGCUUUGAUCGGUUGCAUCUGUUCUCCGGCGGCGACGAUGCGCUGGUUAAGUAUUGGGACAUUGCGGGCGAGACUCAGAUCGUCGAAUUGAAAGGACAUAAAGAUUAUGUGCGGUGCGGGUCAGGUUCUCCAGCAAGUUCGGAGAUGUUUGCGACAGGUUCCUACGAUCAUACUGUUAGGUUGUGGGAUGUGAGGGUUUCAAGUUCCAACUCGGUGAUGGAGGUUAAUCAUGGGAAACCGGUCGAGGAUGUAAUUUUUUUACCUUCUGGUGGUUUAAUUGUGACGGCAGGAGGAAAUAGUGUGAAGAUUUGGGAUGUGAUAGGAGGCGGGAAGCUUGUCCACACAAUAGAGAGUCAUAAUAAGACUGUUACUUCGUUAUGUGUGGGGAAGAUUGGUAAGGAUAGUGGGGAGGAGUCCCAACAGUAUCGGCUUUUGAGUGUGGCGUUGGAUGGGUAUAUGAAAGUUUUUGAUUACUCAAAGAUGAAGAUUACCCAUUCAAUGAGGUUCCCAGCGCCCCUUUUGUCAGUUGGGUUCUCCCCGGAUUGCUCUACAAGAGUUAUUGGUACUUCAAAUGGGAUCAUAUUUGCUGGCAAGAGGAAGAAGGUGAAACAUGAGGAGUCGAGGUUAGGAGAUUUUGUGGGUUUGGGUUCAAUUGGGGAAGAACCCCAGAGACGGGUGUUGAAGCCCUCGAAUUAUCGGUAUUUUCAUCGGAGCCAGGGAGAGAAGCCUUCAGAAGGGGAUUACUUGGUUUUAAGGCAGAAGAAGGUGAAAUUGUCCGAACAUGAUAAGCUAUUGAAGAAGUUUAGACACAGGGAAGCUUUGGUGUCUGCAUUAAGGGGCAAGAAUCCAGAAAAUGUGGUGGCAGUGAUGGAGGAACUGGUGGCGAGGAAGAAGUUGUUGAAAUGUGUAUCGAAUUUGGACACAGAGGAGCUUGGAUUGUUGUUGAUGUUCCUGCAGAGGCACUCUACCUUGCCAAGGUUUUCUGGAUUGUUAAUGAGGUUAACAAGGAAGGUUGUAGAAAUGCGUGCUGAAGAUAUUAGAGCUUCCGACAUCUUGAAAGGCCACAUUAGAAACCUUAAGCGGUCAGUUGAUGAGGAGAUACGGGUUCAACAGUCAUUGCAGGAGAUACAGGGUAUAAUUUCUCCAUUGUUGAGGAUUGCUGGAAGAAGAUAGUUUGACUGACAAUGGGAUUCAUCCAAUAAUUGUACCUACAUCAAUCCGCAUCCAUAGGUCUUAAUCAGGAUCUUUGGUUAUUUGUUGAAGCAUUUGUUCUUUUAAUUUUCUUUUCUUUUUUCCUUUUUGUGGGAUGAGAUAAGUUGCAAGGUUUUUGUUGUUGGAAUUUUGCCUUCCUGUUUAAUUUUUUUUAUUAAAAAAUUCAAUAGAGGAAUCUCCGUGAAAUAUAUGUUUCUUACUAUUC